UGGAUCCUCCGCUCAGCUGUGGACUCGUGCGCGCUGCCCACACCUCGUACCAGCCUCAGCAGCCAGCGGGAGUUUGCGUGCGCAGUUUUCUCUCUCUCAUGCGUCGGGAGCGCACAGAGGGCGCACCGGUGUCAGUUUGCUCCAGCCCCUCGUAGCGGUCGGUCGCUGCUGGUUUGCGCGCAGCAGUGGCGUCUAUCAGCAGGAAUUUGGGGAGUGGAAAUUCCACUGUUACUUUCGAGGCUCGCCUCGUAUUCCUGACAUUUCUGCUGUGACGGUCAGUCAUUCGCUGCGAACAGACAGAGAGAGAAAGAGAGAGAGAGGCGGAGAGCUGAAAGGAGGAUCUGGAGAGCUCCGAUGUUCCUCGCGGUUGGUUUCCACUGAAUACCGGUUAACUACUGAUUCCUCUUUUUUAAAUUUUCCACUUGGAAGUACGUGUAUCGAUCCUGUUCGUGAGAGGUUUGACAGAGAAUCGAGGGAGCAGAGCUGCCACUUCUGGCGAGCGGAUUUUUCCCUUUUUUUAUUCUUCGUCUUGUUUUCUGCUUUUGGAUUAUUUUUUGCAGGAGAUGGCAAGUUGUUCCCUGACAGACGCAGGGAUCUGGUGCUGAAGCUCGCAGGAUGCUGGGGACCCUACAACAACCAGAUAUCUCACUUUGAGACAAUCUUCGGUUAUUUUUUGUAUCUCUUUUGGACGUAAACCCUUUGGACGUUUUCCCCUCCUCUUUAUUUUCUUUUGCAGAAUGUCUGUGUUGUACAAUCUAAGGAUGCGUAGUGGAUUGCUAUUGUUCCUUUUCACCCAAGUCAUCCUGGUCUCCGCGUUGAUCCUACAGACUGAUAAAUGCGGGGGGAAUAUAGAGAUACACACCGCGGACUACCUGACCUCCCCGGGCUACCCCGGCGCCUACCCGCCCUCCCAACACUGUGUGUGGGUGAUAACAGCCCCUGAGCCCGGGCAGAAGAUUCUCAUCAACUUCAAUCCGCAUUUUGAUCUGGAGGACAGAGAUUGCAAGUACGACUAUGUGGAGGUUUAUAACGGCGGAGACGAGGGUUCGCCCAUGUUGGGAAAGUUUUGUGGGAAGAUUGCACCGUCUCCGAUCAUCUCCAGCGGCAGCCAGCUCCUCAUCAAGUUCGUCUCAGACUACGAGACACACGGGGCGGGAUUCUCUGUCCGCUACGAGGUCUUCAAGACAGGUCCAGAAUGUUCCAGAAACUUUACGGCUCCCAGAGGCGUCAUCAAGACGCCUGGCUUCCCAGAGAAGUACCCCAACAACCUGGACUGCACCUUCAUGAUCUUCGCCCCCAAGAUGUCUGAGAUUGUGGUGGAGUUCGACAGCUUCGACAUGGAGCCCGACACUACUCCGCCGCCGGGCGCCCUCUGCAGAUACGACUGGCUGGAGAUCUGGGACGGCUUCCCUGCAGUUGGCCCCCACAUUGGCCGGUACUGUGGCCAGACGUCCCCGGGCCGUGUGAUCUCCUACACCGGCAUCCUGUCCAUGACCAUCACCACUGACAACGCCAUCGCCAGGGAGGGAUUCUCCGCCAACUACACCAUCCGCGAGAGGAGCCUCCCCCCAGGACACGAAGAUGAGGAUUUUGCUUGCAUGGAGCCACUGGGCAUGGAGUCGGGGGAAAUCUCCUCUGAGCAGAUCAGCGCCUCCUCCCAGUAUAACUCCAACUGGUCCCCUGAACGAUCGCGCCUCAACUACCAGGAGAACGGCUGGACGCCCUCAGAUGACACCGUCAGGGAGUGGAUACAGGUGGACUUGGGAUUCCUCCGGUUCGUCACAGCCAUCGGGACGCAGGGAGCCAUCUCCAAAGAGACCAAGAAGCAUUACUAUGUUCGCGCGUACAAAGUGGACCUGAGCUCCAACGGAGAGGACUGGGUCACGGUGAAGGAGGGCUCAAAGCAGAAGAUUUUUCGGGGGAACGACAACCCGACAGACGAGGCUCGCUCCUUCCUCCCCAAACAGACUCUGGCUCGCUACAUCCGCGUCCGGCCCAUGAUCUGGGAGCAAGGCAUCUGCAUGCGCUUCGAGAUCUACGGCUGCAGAACGUCAGACUACCCCUGUUCAGGGAUGCUGGGGAUGGUGUCAGGUCAGAUCUCAGAUGCUCAGAUCAGCGCCUCGUCCUUUGCCGACCGGGGCUGGGUGGCUGAAAACGCCCGUUUGCUGACUGGGAGAUCGGGCUGGACCGGGCAGCAAACCAAGCAGCCUUUCAGAAAUGAGUGGCUGCAGGUGGAUCUGGGUCAGGACAAGAUGGUGAGCGGCGUGGUGAUCCAGGGAGGGAAACACCGCGACAGGAACGUCUUCAUGAAGAGGUUCAGGGUGGGACACAGUCUGGACGGAGAUGAGUGGACGAUCGUCAAGGAGGACAACACCACCAAGCCCAAGAUAUUCAUCGGGAAUCAGAACCAUGACACCCCAGAGCUGAGGUCGAUGGGUCCGCUCCUGACCCGCUUCGUCAGGAUCUACCCAGAGAGAGCCACCAACGAGGGCCUUGGCCUCCGACUGGAGCUGCUGGGCUGCGAACUGGACGACAUUACCACCACCGCCCCUCCCACCACACCCCUCGCCUCCACUCUUCCCAUGACCACUUUCGGAGCGACCACCACAGCGCCCAUCACCGUCCCCGGCACGACGGCGUCCACAGACUGUGAGGAGGGACAGCAGGACUGCGGCGGCGAGACAGAAACUCCCUUUGAGUACAACACGGUGCCAGCGACCGCCCCCAACAUGGACUUCAUACCAGCGUACGUUUGGUUCGCCUGUAACUUUGACUUCUCGUCGCUGUGCGGCUGGACCAAAGAGACCGGGACGGGGGCCGAGUGGCUCAUCCAGACCGACGGGGCUGCCACGGUCCACAGGGGCCCGACCCUCGACCACACAGGCGGACCGGGGAACUUCAUCUACUUGCAGCUGGGAGACUCAGACAUGCCGAGUAAAAUAGACGAUGAUGACGAUGAUGAUGAUGAGAAGGUGGCGAGGUUGGCCAGUCUGCCCAUCACAGCGCCGGACACCGACCUGUGCAUGUCCUUCUGGUAUCACAUGUUCGGUGAACACGCCGGGGCGCUUUACAUCAAGCAGAGGAAGGAGGCGCUGGGCGGCCAGUUCCUGUGGAUGGUCAGCGGGCACCAGGGCAGCCGCUGGAGGGAGGGCCGGGUCGUACUGCCACACUCCACUAUCUCAUAUCAGGUGAUCGUGGAAGGCGUCGCAGACAGACGCAGUGCAGGUCACAUCGCGGUGGACAACAUCCAGAUCUUGGAUGGACUCAGUGCUGAGGACUGCAAGGAUCCAAAAGUUCCGACAUCUCCGCCAACUGAGAUCUUCAUUCUACCAAUGGACUCCCUCUCACAGGACACCAGCGAGCUCGGAGGCCCGGGCAACAUGCUGAAGACCCUGGACCCCAUCCUCAUCACCAUCAUCGCCAUGUCCGCGCUGGGCGUCUUCCUGGGCGCCAUCUGCGGCGUCGUCCUGUACUGCGCCUGCUCGCAGGGCAGCAUGACGGACAGGAACUUAUCCGCCCUGGAAAACUAUAACUUUGAGCUGGUGGACGGCGUGAAGCUAAAGAAGGACAAGAUGAAUGGACAGACUAACUAUUCAGAGGCGUGAGGUGGAGAGAGAGGCGGAGCCAGGAUUUGCUCCGCGUUGGACACGUGAUGCAGCCAAUCAAGUGGGAGGAACAGGGGGCGGGGCGGGGGCUGGAGCCACCAAUGGGACGGCAGGGUGGGCUGAAAGUGAGCCAAUGUAAUUUUUUUUCUCAGGAGCGGCAGUGGAAGGGACUGACCUGUAGGGGGCACUGUGUAUAAAGAAUCUGUACAGCAAAAAAAAAAAAAGAAGACGAAAAUAAGGAUUCUAUUUGUUUUUCGGCGUGCUUUGUUGAUUUCAUGUAAUCACAUGCUGGUGUUGAGACCAAUUCAGAUGAAAGUAUCGUUUGUGUACUUUUUAUGGAAAGAUUUGAUUCUUUUCUUGUUUUUCCCGUCUUUUUUUUUCACAGAAAGAGUGAGAUCCGCUAUUAUUGAUAUCUGGCUCUUUAGCCGGCCAUAUGUCCCUGUGAGAGUGUGUGUGUGUGUGUGUGUUUGAACAUGUGUCACAUUCAUAUACAUCUGCAUUUAAGGUGUGUAUGUGUCAGUUUAGCUGUAGGCCUGCGUGUGUGUGUGUGUGUGUGUGUGUGUGUGUGUGUGUGUGUGUGUGUGUUUGUGUGUGUGCAUUAUACAUGAAUUACUAGCAUCUUAAUUUCUUCGUAUGUGUUUGCUUGUGUGUGUGUGAAGGCGGUUAACUCGAUGACCCGUCAACGUGUUCCAACAGUGCCUUUUUUUUUUCUCCAAUUUUUCUGUUGCCUUGUUUUUCUGCUGGUUGUUUUCUCAUCGGCUGGCGUCCGUUUGCGUCCGUCCAGGGUUCCUACACACAGACGUGAGGGGGAAAGGUCUGGAUAUUUUUUUUUCCCAGAUUGUGCUUAUACAGCUUCAGAUGUUUGUUGCGUACUGUCAAAUAUCACACGUGUCAGUGACGAUCUGAUGGUCUUCUUGCCUUGAUGACAGUCGUGCUGACACUUAAAUUUAAAAAUCCAGCAGUUUAGGUUUUUUCGAAGAAGGCGUAGGAGCCCUGAAUGCCUCAUGUUCAUGGCACAUGACACAUCCAACAUAUUGUACAUAGGUUUUAAUAUAUUUGAGCGCCCUUUUCUAUAGAAAAAGACACCAGUGCCGCAGUAUCCUUUCUAUGUUGGAAUCGCCCUUAUCUCUAAAAAGUGUACAGAAAAUAUUCGUUUUAACACACAGAAAAAUGUGAUCUGGUUGCCAUUUUGUGAUUUUUGUCGUCGUUUAGUUUCUGUUUGUGCUCUGGGAACGGAAACUCAGCUUUUGAGAUUAUGGAGAGAUGCCUCAGAAAUGCCUCAUGGGAAGUUUUGAACAGGGUAAAACGGACAACCUCAGCACCACAAAGAUAAGACAGCACGUUGACGAAGGACGGAUCAUCUGGAUUGGAAUAUUUUCUCUGCUAAUGUUUUCACUGGCACACAAACGGACAGUUGGACCUUUAACGAGGAGUGUGUCCAGCCAUCAGAAACUCUCACUGAGCUGACGGGAUGUGACUGAAAGAGUUCAUGUUGCCGUGACAAUGCUAAACUCUCUGCCAGUGUUUCUCGUUCCUGUGUUGACUAUCAGAGGAGAAAUCUUUGAAGGAUCUAAAUGAUGUUUAACAACCCAGAACAGGUCACUAACUGCAGCUGAUCUUACCGUCCAAUUCUUGAGCUAAAGUGGCCUGGAAAUGAAUAACACACAUACAAUGAGUUUACUAUAGCUAACAAGAGCAGAGACCCAACAGAAGGGCUUGUUAAUUCCUCCUUUUUAAUUUAAAAAAUCUGAAAUUUUAUAAGCUAAUUUGCAAUUUGAAAGCACUCUUCGCUUUCUUCUGUGUGAUUCUGCUGCAGCUUAAUUUGCAUUUUAUCCCCAUUUUACUCAUCACUCUCUGUACUUACGGGAGCAUUUUCUCGGCUGUCGACAAUGAAAAAGGGCCUUUUGAGUCUGUGAGAACAAAAAUAAAAUCCUGGAUGAAAAUCAAUUAUAAGCGGAGACACUACAGGUGAAUAAAGUAAAAGUUUUAACUAAUAGAUAUCUAUGUGAAGUUUACCCAGUUAACUACAUUAAGGGAAUUAUUUUUAGUUUUUUCUGAAAUGUUAUGUUUAAAUUAACAAAUUAGGUAUUACCAAAGGGUUUUACAGAGAGACAUUUUAUAUAUAUUUUAAAUCACUCAUAAAUCUGAUACUGUCAGUAGACAAUUAAUACUUUUUUCUUUUUUUUCUUUCUUUUUUUCAAUAAAAUGCUUAAUAAAUCAGGCUAUGAAGGAUGAACCAAAUGAACAAACCCCUCUGUAAAAAAGAAAAAAAAAAAAAAACUUAGAUUAAGAAUUAGAGAUAGGAAUUAAACUGGAACCUUUGUUGCAUGUAUUUAUGUAAUAAAGUGGAGAUUUCUGGCUCAAAAUAUGAAGAAAGACACAAUAGGUUAAUAAGUAAAUAUCACCAUAAAAUAUCACCCCAGUUGAUUAUUUACUUAUUUUAUUUUUUAUUCAUCAAUAAAUAGUAAUAAAAUAGGUUUCUGAAAUGUUAUGUUUAAAUGUGUAAAUGAUGCAUUGUCUAAUGCUAACUUGAGGAAUUCAGCAGAACUUUAUAGCCACAAAUAUACAAGGUGUAAUAAAAUCAACACAGUAUCUAAAUCUUAAAACAAUGUUUUCCUGUAGUGUCUUGCCUUAAAAAUUGAUCAAAUCUGGGUAUUUUUUCUGUGAAAAUCUGGUUAAAAACUGAAAACGACGAGCCUUAUAAAUAUUGUACUAAUAAAAACUGCUUUGUUGUGUUUUUAGCUUUUGUAGCUAAAUGUGUUGUGAUUCUCGUUCAUAGCACUGUACAGGUGGAAGGAUCGAGUCUCGAAAAAGCCUGAAAAGUCACCGGUAAUUCAGUCACAACCUCAUCAAACCUCCGACAGAUGUUUAACGUUCACUCUGUGAAAAUUAUCAGGAUGAUUCUCACUGAAUUUUCCUUUAAGCUGACUUUAGAAAGCCAUUUAUCAGGUAUGAUAGUGUGACCAUCUGCCCAUUUUAAUGUAGCAUUAUGUGAGCUCAAAAUGUGAAGUUUGACUGAUUCUUUCCUUAAAGAUAAGACUUUAGAGAUACUUUUUCCUCCAAUCAGUUUAAAUUAAAAUGUCAACUGGUUGCAGUAACGAACAUUUCCAAUCAAAUCAAGGUGCUCUGACUGUUGAGAUGUUCAUUAUAUCUACACAUGUUUACAGCGAGAGACUCGGGCAACAUUAUGGGUAUCAAAGUUCUAAUAAUUUCAGUCUGACAGAAUGUUUUUCCCACUUUGAACAAGAAAGGAUGCUGCAGCACUCGAUGUGAAAACAAAUGUUGCACUGAUAUAUUUAAAGAAAAAAAGAAUCUGUGUUUAUGAUGUUGAUUUAUGAAAAGAGCGAGAGGAGGAAGGAGAGGACAGUGUUAUUGUUGCUUCUUUUUAACACGAUUUCAGACGACAAUGUUAUAACUCUGAAAAGUACAAUUUACGGAGAUGUUUUUCAUUCUCGAAAAAGCUUAUAUGCGUCUCUUUGAAACGUAACAAUUUUAUUUACUUGGUAUAAUAUCACCUUGUUUUUGUACCGUCACUGAUGUACGUGUCAUCGUUUUAUGAUUUGAUUUCUUUGUAUGACAAGAAGAAAUGUUUUUUGUUUUUAUUUCAAUAACUGCUUCUGUGAUUUUUUGCUGUCUCAGAUCCAGAAAAGAAUAACCACAAGAAAGGAAAUAAGGAAGUAAAAAAAAUGGAAAAGCAGUGAGGCCUUAAGUGACUAAAAGUAUUGUUUGUACUUUGACUUUCUGGUCAGCACCCAGACUCAUCCGUCUCUGUUGUCUCAGACUCUGAUCAUUGACUAUUACAUUCCAAAGAAUUGGAUCAAAUAAAUGUUUUAAGUAAAAA